GAUGGUCUUCUGCAGUGUCAGCCCAAACGGACACGCAUAACCAUCACGUAUCCAGUGCGAAACGUUGUAGCCUUUCUGCCCAAACUAUGCUUGACUGCCGCACAGUAUGGUCAGCGACAAUGGCUUCUUUACUGAUGCUGCUCGUGGCGUCGUCCACUGCGCCCGCUGACGCCUUAUCCCCUCCUGCGACAGGCCUCGGAGCGGACCACAGCUUCACCAAACGCUCGCUCUUCGACCCUUCCUGCACCGGCGUCUUCGACCGGCAGCUCUUGCGAAGGCUGAGCCGAGUGUGUGAUGACUGUUUCAACGUAUUUAGGGAACCCAUUGUAGCUACAGAAUGCAGGAGUAACUGUUACAACAACGAAGUGUUCCGCCAGUGCAUGGAAUACGUCGUUCCCACACACCUCCACGACGAACACAGGGAAGCCGUGCAGAUGGUCGGAAAGUAAACUGACUCAAGAGAGAUCCGAUUCCCACAUGCUGACUUCUGUGGUAUGAAUGGAACAUGGUAAAAUAACAGAAACCUGGCUUAUUUUUUCUGUGUCAUCAUAGACUGGCCAGCUAUUGUAAUUAGUAGUCUUUGAUGGUAAAGGUGAUAUGAUGAGAUUUAUUCAGAAAUGUAUUUACAGUUUUACAAACGAUCUGGGUAACUGAGGCUGAAUUUCCGUUUGAAAAUCAUUGCCAUCCUCAUAUAUCAGACAGAAUGAAAAUAGGGAGAAAAACAUGAACGCCAUCUUUCAGUAAGAAUACCAAUUACAUAUCCGGAGACACUUUUCCAGAUGGAGAUAUGAAGCUACUUUACGAUGUGUUUACUUUUACUAUGAAUAAAGUUUCAAAAGCCACGAUAUCAACGCCUUCUUUGUCAACAAAAGAUUCUCCAUCACGCAAAUAAGUCAAAUUGCCAGAAAGCAGAAAAGUAUAACUUAAUGAUUUAAAAGGAUUCCUGGAGGUAACUUUGUAAUACCAGUCCCUGAAGUUACAUAACAUUUAGUUGCUAGACACUGGCAGUCCCAUGUGCCACAUAAGCCAUUAAAACCGUUUGCUUAA